AUGCAAGCAAACCAUCGUCCAAGAAAGGCCUGCGAUCUCUGCUACACUCGCAAGAUCAAGUGCGAUGGGCAACAGCCACGAUGUUCUAACUGCGUCAAUUAUAAAACAUCUUGUACACACACAGUUCGCAGCAGAAAAUGGAAGCCCAAGGCGCAACAGCCCGGCGAAACGACAGAGGCUGACGAGAUUCGGAUCCUGCAAGCACAGAUGCAACAAUUACAGGACAAAUUAGCCCAGUACCAGAUCGAAGAUGUUACACCCGAUUCCUCUGCACUCUCGCCAUCCGUGGGCUCUGGAGACGGGCUUGCUCAAGUUGGCAAUGCAGUUCCCUUGAUGAGACUACCACCACUGCAACAGACUAUGCACAUGGUUGGCACAUUUCUCAAUACUGUCAAUUCUGUUCUUCCCCUCUUUCAUCCUGACUCCCUCCUCCGUCUGGUGGGAGAAACUUACGCUCUUCAACCACGACAACGUGACCCUGUUGCAUGGGCCGCUAUCAAUGUUGUGCUAGCCUUGGCUUGUCAACAAAUACCAAAUGGCGAGGAUCCAGACUUACAGUAUGGAUUAGCAAGUGACUAUAUAGAUAAAGCACAGUCUGUUGUGUGGGCUGUCACGCUCGGCGAUACUCGUCUUCUCAACAUCCAGACACUAGUCGGAAUGGCAAUGGUGCUUCAGACACAAGGUGCAGAUAAAACGCCGGCUUUAGUCAUUAUUUCAGCAGCGAUGCGUCUCAUUCACAAAAUGGGGCUCCAUGACCGCCGUUAUUCGGCGCAUCUAGAUGUUACCGAGAGAACGCAGCAUGCUCGCGUCUUUUGGCUAGCUUACAUAGCGGACAAGGACCUUAGUAUGCGCACCCAGCAACCUUCGGUACAGCUCGAUGACGAUAUAGAUGUCGACAUACCCGCAUCCACGGCAGCCAUUGAGGGCGGCGAUUCUGCAGCCGGUAUAGUUACCACAGCUGAUGGGAAUAACACGAUGGAUUAUUUCCAAGCUCGUAUACAACUAGCUCAUAUUCAGGGCAGUGUCUAUGACCACUUAUACUCGACUCGAGCGUCAAGAAGGAGCCCCGAGGAGCGACAAGCGACGAGAGAAGAUAUUACCAAAGCACUCGACGAGUGGAAAGCCUCUAUUCCAAUGGACUUCAGGGCCACUAGUGUCAUUGCAGCAACGUGCAACAAUCCUUCCAUGGCUUCUUUUUUCUGCAUCCUGCAUACAACUAGUCUGUUUUGCUUGGUACUCAACACUCAAGCCCACGCUUGGGAUGAGCAGUGGGUGAUGAGCCUACGAGAUCAUGGCAGAGGAAGAAAAACAUUGCAACUACCAGGCGAGUGGACGGGAAUGGUAGCGGAAUCUCGAGAUUUCAUGAUCUUAUAUGAGCAGGUCUGUCUCAAACAUGAAUGGCUAAGAUGGAUGGUUACAUGCACAUACACAUCGGCAAUGGUGCUAUUGACAAUCAACAAUUUGAACGAUCUCCAGCAUCCCGAGUUUGAAAGAGACAGUGACCGUAUUCAGAAAUCUUUGGACUGGUUCAAAGAGACCACAAAAGAAGUUUACUCAAAUCUAGCUUGCGUUCUUGUAGAUGUAUGUACCGAGGCUUUUGGAACGAUGAAGCAAAGGCGUGCGGAUGACAUCGCACUAGCACUUGGAGGGGAUUGGCUUGUGGGUUUCCUUGAAGAUUUGGAACACUCCGAAGAGUAA